CUUCCUUGGAUAUUUUCUCCAGGACCAAUGCCUUCUAACUCAAAAGCCUCAAUUGCUAAGUGAGCUGUACCUGUGAUGACUCCGGUAACGACCUGGUGAGGAAAGUGGGCGGCGAUGAAAACCCUCGACAGACAGACGCACACCUGGACUCCCCAGAAGAUGGACCAAAGGAUGACUUUCAGGUAGCUGGCCCCCCCCAAAAAAACAAGUCACUGAAUCAUUGCUAUCACUCAAUGCAACUUCAGCUUGCCUUGAUGUCAAAAACAACUCGAUAGCCAAGAGUCAAUGAUCAACCGUGUGUUGGGACAGAACGCACAAUGUGAUAAGCGCUGGCUAAAAAGUUAAAAAAAAGUCAACAAAAUGAGGCUUGUUGAAGUCACCUGUUGUUGGAGGACUUUCUGCCACCGUGUUUCUUCUUACUCGCCGUGACGGCGAGGAUGGACGUCACCAAGGUGUAGUAGACACCCGCCGCUCCCAUGGCGUGACCGGAGGGGCUCCCUGGAUGGCAAAGAGGACAUUUUAGUUGAUGUUGUUGAGCCUGUGAGCAGUGUCACCUUCAGGUUUUUCCAUACCCGGUCCCGUCUCGCAGGUCAUGGGGUACUGCUCAAUAUCGGGGCGAGCGCCGUCUGCGUAAUAAUGCGUCUCGUGGACCCACCAGUAGGGCCUCUCCCCAAACAGAAUCCUGAAAACGGACACAGGCACUUAGUCGUUUCCCAUACUCUCUUCGUCGGAUUUGGAUCCCGCCUCACCAUUUGAACACCAAGUUGAGCCAGUCGCCGAUGACGGCCACCCAGAUGAGCUUGAUGCCGACGGAGGGCCGCAGGUGGAACCAAAGCGGGAAGAAGAUGAAGAAAGUGUUCCGGAGGUCCGCCGCCCACGACACCCAAAGGAACAAGCCUUGGGCGUCCUGGUAGUUGGUCUGAAGGUAGCGGGUGCUGCUCACCCCGAAACCCUGCAUGUCGUCCAUGACGGCGUGAAGCAUCGUUAUAGCGCGCGAGUCACACUCGAGUGUCGCCGGCGGGGACACAGACGCUUGUUUUUAUAGCCCGGCAGACCACCACCUUGACGCAUGCUCAUGUUGAUCUUUGGACCUUGCACAUGUGUAAUAAAACACUACGAGUCGGGGGAGUUUGACAGCCUUGGCACACAAACAUGCUGGAAAGUGGGAGUCGGGGGGGGGGGGGGCACCAAAAAAAAAAAAACAGAGCGUCACAGUCUGGCGCAUCUGUCGAAUUUACCAGAGGUGGCACAUGAUGACCAAAAAACAAAAUUGUCAAUGAAAUGACCCAUUUAUUUUUAUUUUUUUUUUGUACAUGUUCUGCACUCAGAAGAGCCUGCCAGUUAUGUAAUUGUCUUUUGCGAUUUGGAGAAAACAUCUCAGCCACUUAUCAAUUGCAUAACGCAAUCAAUGAUUGAAGGGACGGUACUGGAGCAGAUUCAGUCUGAUAAAACGGAUAUUUCCAAUUGGUCGCUCCCAAGCAAGCAAAUGAUUGGAUUUGCCAAAAAGGAAGUCCUCGCAAAAAUGAGGUCAUGUCACCCCCCCGCCCCCCACUCGGAAGGAUCGCAUCGGAAGCAUCCGCGCAAGGCAACGUAGAUGAGCAAAGAAGGUUGGAGUCAGACAACGGAGCUGAGAAAAUGUCUUCCAGGAACUCGGUGAGCCACUGAGUUCUCUAAUUAUGGAUUUCAGCAGUGGAUGGGGUGAGUGGGAGGGGGGGGGUGCACGAGGUUAAGGAACCUGUCGGGACUGUCCAAAAGGCAAACAAGCCUGCUAGCCUUGAGUAAAGUCCAAUGGGGAUCACACACAGACCUAAUCGAGGGGACAGAGCUGCACGGUGUUCUGACUGACCGCUUCAAAAAAAAAAGAGACCCCAGAGCGCAUCCUUCUUCUGGGGGUGGGAAAAAAAAAGUCUGGCAUCAUGGAUCUGGUCCACAGCUGGGGUGUUGAACUGGCGGUGCACCUCCAGACCAAAUACAAGGACUACGAGGACCUGUUUAGUUUUGCUUCUGCCGUGGCUGAUCUGCACACCACCUUCUUCUUUUUCUUCCCCAUCUGGUUCCAUCUGCGGCGGGACGCAGGCCUGCGGCUCAUCUGGGUGGCCGUCGUGGGGGAUUGGAUCAACCUGGUCCUCAAAUGGGUUCUUUUUGGAGAGAGACCCUAUUGGUGGAUUCACGAGACCCACUUCUAUGGGGCCAAUGAGGCCCCUUCGCUGCAGCAGUUUGCCGUCACGUGUGAAACCGGACCAGGAAGUCCCUCUGGUCAUGCCAUGGGUGCCGCGGGGGUCUGGUACGUGAUGGUGACGGCCGUACUCCACAUGGCGGCGGAGAAACGAUGUCCGCCGUCACUGUACAAACUCCUGCGUUUGGUUCUGGGGGUGCUCAUGGGCCUGGUGUUGCUGGGAGUGUGCAUGUCCAGGGUCUACUUGGCCGCCCACUUCCCGCACCAGGUCCUUGCAGGGAUCGUCACAGGCGUGAUGGUGGCCGAAUUCAUGUCGAAGGUGAAAUGGAUCCACGGUGCCAGCUUCAGGACUUACGCCUUCACCACCCUCCUCUUGACGUCCUUCGCCGUUGGCUUUUACCUGCUGCUUAAGAUUCUGGGCGUGGACCUUCUGUGGACCCUGGAGAAGGCCCAGAGGUGGUGCGCCAGGGCCGAAUGGGUGCACAUGGACAGCACACCGUUCGCAAGCCUCCUACGGAACAUGGGCAGCCUUUUGGGUCUGGGUCUGGGUCUGGGUCUGCGCUCAGCGCCCGCGCGUGGCACCUCCGCCGCUUUCAAGACGUGGUGUGUUGUCAUCUCUCUGGGACUACUUGGGCUCUUAGACUCGUGGACGUUUUCCUCGGAAAACCUGGUGCUUUUCUACGGUUUGUCCUUCGGUAAGAGUGCAGUCGAACUUUUAAUCCCAACCGUGUUAGCCCCAUGGUCGCUCUGCUGGAUGAGCGCAAGAGGCUCAGGCGGCAAGAACUUGUGAUUGGUGGAAUUCAUUUUUUUGCGCUGAAUUGUGACUUGCGUGGAACUUUUGGGCAAUGCUAGUGUGCUAGCAUGGAAACAUGUCGUCCUGUGUUUUGCUAGGAGUGGUAUGGUAUGUGCAUUGCGCCUCUAUGCACAUGCUGGAUCUACGACGUUAGUUUACAUUUAAAAUGAAAGGCAGAGACGAGCUAGGUGUUAGCUAAUUGGCUAAAUGCUGAACUCUGUUCUCUUUCACCUUCAUACAUUUUAUCAUGUAUCCAUUCCUUAAAUAUACUCGGAUAAACUUAAACCAACCUCCUUCGCUGUCAAGUUACCGGACAUAACUACCGACUUAAGCUUCCGCUCAUCCAUUUGUAUUCACGGUCUGAUUCUUGAAAUGUAUGGAGAACAUCUCCAAAAUAUUCGCUGUGCUUGUUCUAUUUUUUGCUGUGCAGUUCGUUCGCUUUUUUUAGCUUUCCAGUCAAUGUUUGGAUGGUAAAAAAAAAUUGUCAUUAGCUUUCCAAUGAAAGCUUCCAGUAAUAGCCCAAUGUUUUUUUUUUCCAUGAGACGCCUUGCACAAAUACUGAUUAAUUGAGUUCAUUAAACAUUAACCCGAGCAUGCAUCGCACAUUCCGUCCAACACACACUCCACAGGAUCAAGGAGCACAAUUGGUCUUGGGGGGGGGGGACAUGCAUGCCGCACUAAGUGAACGAAAUAUAUCAAGGAGUCCGGCUUUUACAAAUUCAUACUUUUAUUGUUGAACCCUCUUCCCAUUCGCUUCUCGGCAUUCACAAACGUAUUGUUUUUCCCGUUAAGAAUUAACAACUAUUUGCUGACAAAUUAACCGUUUUGCUCUUUGUGUAAGAUGCUUGAAAAAGGUGCGACGUUAGCUACGUGUUAGCUUAAGAGGAGCGAGCGUUAUAUAAUGAGAGUAUCUCUCACUCAGUCAGAAAUAAUGUAAAAUAAAUGGCCGAUGGGAAAGUAAUUUGAUGUUAACUCGAGUCCGUCCUUUGAUUCAGUUGCAUAAUUUUUAUGUCGACGAGUCAGCAUAGCGGGACUCAGAUUUGGUAUGCUAACUCGUCUUGCUUUCUUAGCGCUCAUAUGAUGCCAGUUAUUGCCGAUUUCACUUUUGAAAGUCAACUUUUUCUGUAGGUGUUAACUUACUCCCGACUGUGUACAACCAUAUUGCGUGCGAUAACGUUUUACGAGAGUACAACAUGUAAGCGGCGCAAUGUUUCGAGGAGAACAUCAUGCGUAUGACAUCAUAACCCUUGUGAUAGUUUAGCGCCGGCAAAUCUCCAGCGUCCUCCACGGCCGUCUUAUCUGUCUCGUCAACAUAUAUCAGGACCACAGUGAGAAGAAGGCCCGCGACGAUAAGUGUCAACAGUCAGCGAUGUUGCGCAACGACUGCGUUUUUUCCCAGCGUGCGCAUAGCGUGUUUUCACGCGUUAUCUUAUCUCGGGGGAGGAAACAAACGCGUAUUAAAUGUGCUUUUCCCUCAACUAUUGUUUAAGAUGAACUGAAAACCUGCUGAAAGCCAUUUGUUUUUUGCGUUAUCGUUUUAACAUCGUCACACCGGCGCAGAUAACAGUUGAGUGACGUAGAGAGUCCUUGAGUCGAAUUAUCGCAAUGUGGAGAGUCUGUGUACUGGCCAAGGCCAAACUACAACAGAGUUGAUUAAAAUAAAAAAAUGCCACAUUUCUACAAAAAAAAAAAGUUUAUUCAGUAGAACCAGUAUUUUAAUCAGGUGAUUUUUUUUUUUGUUGGGUGCACCUAGAAGCUGAACGUACAACAUAACUUGCCAACCAUUGCUCAGACUAAUAACAAAAGCCACUCCGACGUUUUCAAAUUAAAAAGUACACUCUUGCUUAUGCAACUUCCCGACCAUAUGAGGUCAUUAAAACUCGAACAAAA